AUAGAAUAAUAUUAUAAAAUUCUGAUGAGCCCCCUUGUUUCAUCUGAUUCUCUCUGGUUCGCACUGCAGCUUGAGUGUGCAAACACACACUCUUCACAUUUGUAUCUAUCUGUAUCUAUAUUAUAUACAGUACAAUUCAAGAGCAGAUCUGUUUAACAAUUCUUCAUUGUGCGUGUGCAUAUAUAUUAUAUAUACACACAGACAGAAUAGAGGUGGAAGUAGAAGAAAGAUGAAUGUGGAUCUGGCUGCAUCAAACUCUCAUGGAAAUCUUGAUCAACAAAUUGCUCAGCUUAUGCAGUGCAAACCCUUAUCAGAGCCUGAGGUUAGGGCUUUAUGUGACAAGGCUAAGGAGAUUCUAAUGGAGGAAAGUAAUGUACAGCCUGUAAAAAGCCCUGUAACCAUCUGUGGAGACAUCCAUGGGCAGUUUCAUGAUCUAGCUGAACUCUUCCGCAUUGGAGGAAAGUGUCCAGAUACAAAUUACUUGUUUAUGGGCGAUUAUGUGGAUCGUGGCUAUUAUUCUGUUGAAACUGUGACGCUUUUAGUGGCUCUGAAAGUGCGAUAUCACCAGCGAAUUACAAUUCUCAGAGGAAAUCAUGAAAGCCGUCAGAUCACUCAAGUGUAUGGUUUUUAUGAUGAAUGCCUCCGGAAGUAUGGCAAUGCUAAUGUUUGGAAGAUAUUUACGGAUCUUUUUGAUUACUUUCCGCUGACAGCUCUGGUUGAAUCGGAGAUAUUCUGUCUGCAUGGUGGAUUAUCCCCAUCUAUUGAAACACUUGAUAACAUCAGAAACUUUGAUCGUGUUCAAGAAGUCCCACAUGAAGGCCCAAUGUGUGAUCUUUUGUGGUCUGACCCAGAUGAUCGAUGUGGUUGGGGUAUAUCCCCGCGUGGUGCUGGAUACACUUUUGGCCAAGACAUAUCUGAGCAAUUUAACCACACCAACAGCCUGAAGCUUAUUGCUCGAGCUCAUCAGCUGGUUAUGGAGGGAUAUAACUGGGGACAUGACCAAAAAGUGGUGACGAUCUUUAGUGCACCAAAUUAUUGCUAUCGGUGUGGAAACAUGGCAUCUAUAUUGGAAGUCGAUGACUGCAACGGCCAUACGUUUAUUCAGUUUGAGCCAGCUCCAAGGAGAGGAGAACCAGAUGUGACUCGAAGAACACCAGAUUAUUUCUUAUGAAACAGUCACAUGUGUUCCUUGAAGAUUGAGAUAUACAUGCCAGUAUUUUCAGAUGCUUGAGAUAGGAAAGGAGACUAUAAUGUGUAGCUUAACUUUUUGGUUGGUGAAAAGCUUUGUAACAUGGAGAAGCUAUAGGAUACCUUCAGCCUAAUUUUCGAUCUGACGUUCUUUAGAACUUCUUGGAUUGAAAAAUGAGAUGGUUAGGCUGUAAUGUAUCAUGUGAACCGAAGGUUUUCAGCAGUAAUUUUCUUUCGCAAUUUGAUAGACCUAUAAAUGAAUAUGUUUUGUCUA